CGUGCCUCCCUGCCGUCCGCCCGCAGUGCGCGCUACGCGAUAUCACCGACCGGUCAUGUGUGUGUCACUCUCACGUUCACACUGGUACCGCUCGGAGUGCUUCGUCGCCGCGCUGGUGAUGUUGUUGUUGUUGUUGUUGCCGUUACCGUCCGCCGCCGCGUAGUGCGCGUAGUGCCGAAAAAAGUGCGUAACACACACACACACACACACACACACACACCCGGAAGUUGUGCGAAAGUGCGGUCGGUCGGUCGCACGCGCGGACGUCAAAACACACGGCGCGGCUCGCGGAGAAGAGGAAAGAAGAGGAGGAGGAAGAGGAGAGGACACGGAGCGGAUCGACCUUUCUUUCUCUCCCGCGCGUCCUCUCCUCGCGUCCACGCAUCGACGCCGACAACGACGAGAGCGUGAGACCACGAGAGCGCGCAGGUGGACAGUGAGAAGAAGACGCGCGCGCGAAUUCCUGCCCGUGACUGUAGAAACACAACGCGCGCGCGUUUUCGAGCGCCGGAAGAGCAGUGGGAAAGUCAAGUUGGGCGCGAACGACGAUCACGCCGGAUCACGGAGGGAGAGAGAGAGAGAGAGAGGGAAAGAGAAGAGAGGAACAGACUGUGUUUCGUGGGUUCGUAAAUACGAAGCACGAGUCUCUCUCUCUCUCUCUCGCGCGCGCUUGUCCAGACGUGCGAAUCAGGAGCAAGGAGUGGCUGCGUGAAGAAGGAGAAAGAGAGAGACAGAGAGAGAAAACGCGAGCGGCGUUGGCGGCAGCAGCGGUGGCGGCGGCGGCGGGGAGAGGAAGAAACACAACACGAGAGUGACCGGCCGUCGCCUCAUGGCCCUUCGUGAUCUUCGGCGGGAAGAGAUCGGCCGCGGAGUAGUGGUGCUUUGUGCCGUCGAGGAAUAGUGAUCCGCGUUUGUGACAGGGUCCGCCGCGCCGUCGCGCCGUCCCCUCCCCCGCGCUGUGCGCGUGUGUGUGUGUGUGCCCUGCGUGCUGUGCGUGUUGUUUUUCCUUUUCUUUUCGGGGGCGAGGCACACGGCUCCUCGGAGGAUAGAAGGAAAACCAGGUCGUCGGCGUCCAGGAGGCCGGGGGGACGGGAGAGGAGUGAAGUGAGUGAGCGAGCGAGCGAGCGAGCAAAAGAAAGAACGCGAGGGAAAGGAAGAGCGAGAGCGAGAGAGAAAGAGUGAGAAGACGGAAGAGGAGCGGGAACAGUGGGGGAGGGAGACUGGGGACGCCCGUUCGCCGGCGGAGGGGGGCGGGGGGGCCGAGGGAAAGGGUGACUGGCGGACCCGGCUGUGGCGAUCCGAAGUCGCGGAUUCGGCACGCCGCGGUUUACCGAACGUAAUAUGGCGUACAAGUUUCGCGAGGAGAUCGUGGGAAAGAGGUUUCUCUCGGUGAGUGGUUUCACCAAGCUGAAGGUGAAUAAGAUUAGUGAGUGGGGUUGGCGUGCGGGGGUGAUACGUGCCGCCAGUCACAGGGAUAACGGCUGCCAUGACCUCCAGAUCCUCGUAGAGUACGACGACGUAGAGUGGCAGAGGAGGGAGUGGCUGUCACCACACAGGGAUGCCGUAUUUUCCUUCUUUCUUAUUGAACGAGGUCUCUACUGGGCCGAACGACCUGACCCCAGGCACGCCAGUCUCAUCCCCAUCGAUCAUCACAAUCACGCGAACAAUAACCACCAUCAGCACCGCAUUAACGGGAAACCGCUCAGGGGCGCCACGGCGGUCGCCGACACCGUUGCUUGGCCAGCUCUCACAUUCUAUCCUCUGGUGGCACGCGCCGAGUUGCACGAGGACGCCAUGCCAAUCGAGUUUAUGCAAGAUCGCAAAUUGGACUUCGUCGACUACUCGAAGCUAAAGCCAUUCACUCAGGAUUGGGAGCUGACUAAGGGCGCGAUGCCCUGGGGAAACGCCGUUAGGAGAUGGGCCGAGAUGCAGGACGGCCAGAGAAUCCUGCUGACUACGCCCAGCGUUCUGGUCGGCUUCAGGGUCGAAGUUUAUCGGGCAGAAGGCACCACACAAUGGUACACAGCUGUGAUCGUCGGUUACAACGAAUCCACUAAGGAUUUGACUGUCACUGACGACACGGUCCUCGAAGAUCACAACGAGGAUCCCACAUUAGUACAAAUGCGGCUGAUUGGUGACGGAGUCGUCGAGAGCAUCAUGAGGGGCGAGGUCGUCGGCAUGACACCAAGGAGGUCGAGGUCAUCGACUGCUCUGACGCACGCGCUCGUUGUGCCACGACCUGGAAGGAGGCCUCGAAGACGGCCGGGAAACGCGGCACAGUUGCAGACAACCCCGAGGGUACAAAGCCCGAUAUCGCAGCAGCUGGAAAAAGAGAAGAACAAUGUUCGUAACAAUCGGCGUCGGCGCGUGAGCGAGGGUGCCAGUCGCGAGAGAACCGAAAAAGAUUCGGCGGAAACUGCGUUAUCCACGCGUCAGCAGGAAGAUCGCGAGAACAAAGGUCCGCCGUCGGGCAAAGUAAGCAAUCGUGUUGCGCGGCCGGUGUUAGAGGAAGCGAACAGCGCGUCGGGAAGCGCUUCGAAGCUACGAAGACGCGGCGCCGCGGUAAAGAGCCCGACUACCGAUCACCAGAGUCCGGCGCAGCAUCAGAGGCCGGUACGAAGAAGACCGAGGCCAGGAGGAGGCGGCCAAGAAACCAAGACAGACGCCGAAGGGGAGUCGGUCGAGCAUCGUACCGGCGCGAGAACCGACAAGGACGAACGCCUCGGCAACGGAUCGGAAGAAGAGGAGGAGGAGGAGGAGGAGGAGGAAGAGCGUCUCGAGGGAGAGGAUGAAGAGAGUCAGGAACGCUACGAUCCACUGAUUAAACGGCUGAGAACAAGCCCGGUCGGCAGAAAGCUCCGGUCCGAGAGUAGUAAGGGCAAAAACGUCGAGGAAGCUGCAGCGGAUCGGGCCAGAGGGUCGGUAGUGGAAGCGGAGGGAGAGGACGAGGAGGAAGAUCACGACGAGGACGACGUCGAGGAGGAAGUAGCGGGAGUAGAAAAGCACGACGGAGCUGAACGAGAGGUCGGUAAACUCGAGGAGGACGAGGAGAGUCAGUCCAGGGAGCGGGACAGAGAACCCGAGCCACCACCUCCGGACAAAGUCGAUCCCGGAGGCGAUCCGGCUUCCAAGGAGGAGCAGCAAGCAGAUAACAAAUCCGAAUCGAAAAAAGACGCUCGCUCGACCAAUUGGGCCGCAGAUAAGACCGGCGAGCACAAAGAGCAACAGCAACAACGACAACAGCAGCCACCGCAGUUACUCGUGAAUGGAUUGCACGUCGACUCGCCGCUGGUCAGCGACAAGACGAAUGCCAUCCGCGAGGGCAGUCCGUCGGUGCUGAAGUCAACUCGAUCAAAGACAAAGGGUUUCGCGGAAGAAGACAGAGAGGACGUAGCGGCGGCGGCGGCGGCAGCGACAGAGGACGAACGCGACUGCGAGAACGCCAGUGAAGAAGAGGUGAGCUCGCAGCGUUCGCGACGCACAGAACUGACUACCACCGAGCUAGGCACGGAGGAUAGCGUGGGUAGCGUCGGCGGCGUGAGGGCGGCCAGCGUCGAGUCGGUCGUCGAAUUGCUGGAGUCGAGCAGUCAGGACUCAGGCUCCGUGCUGGAGAGGCUGAGUCCAUUUAGUAGCAGCGGCGGCGGCGGCCCCGGCAGGCAGAACAGCCUGCUCCUGGAACAGCAGCGGGAGCAGGAACGCAGUCGGCACAACGAAAGUCCGAUCAUCCUUGCCGAGAGACUGAACAAGCCGCCACCGCCGAUCGCCGGUCACCAUCAUCACCAUCAUCUACAACCCUACCAUCAGCCGCAUCACCAGCAACAACAGUUCCAUCAUCAGCAUCACCAUCAGCAGCAUCACCAGCAGCGUUAUUCCAGCAACAGUCCGGUGAUCCAUCACCAUCACCAACAACAGCAACAACAGCAACCGUCGCAGCAUCAUCACUAUCAGCUAGCGAGUAGCCCGCACCAACAUCAUCACCAUUCCGCCGCCCGCCUGACCCCGUCGAGCCUCCUCGAGGUGCAACAGCAGUCUCACACAUCGAGGGGUGGCGAUGAGGCUGGCCUCAUGGAGGUGGAGGCCGGGGCCGGUAUACCUGGAGCGGGUGUCCUUACCGGUGUGCCCACGGCAGUCGGCGGCAUACGGUCGUCGGGAAGCAGCAGCGGCGCCGCCGGCGUCGUCGGUACUUACGGCGACAGCGGUUCCGAUAGCGGGGUAAGCUCACUGAAGAGCGCCGGUUCUGGCGACGAGAGGAGCGGCAGCAGAAGCUCGGCGCUCAGCGUCGAGGAGACCACGUCGUCCUCGACACCGUCGACAUCAGUAGGCUCCAUUGCCGCCGCUGCCCCGGCCAGGAUCUGGCACGUGCAGAGCGUGCAGCAUACGUCCCUACUGAUGGCGCAUCCGCCCCAGGGUGCGCCCAGCGCCGGCACGAGUGCCGCGGCCACGGCGCCGCCGGUCGGCUAUCACAGCCCAGUGCCUCCGAGCCACCACGUCGCCGAGAUGCUUUGGAGGCCGUCCAGGGCCUAUCCGCCGCUCUCGCACACUCUCUUGGGCCCACAAACAUCCAGUCCGGAAGAGCUGCUCGAGAGGGACCGUCACGACAGGAUGUUACGGUGAGUCUAGUUUUCUUGAUUGUCUUUCAAUUCCCAAUGGAACAUUCCUGCGAAUCUGCGAAUUUAUCUUUUCACGUUGGAACUUUUUUAAAAGUUCUCUGAUUGAAAAGCGUAAUCAAAGUUUCUUAUAAAAAAAAAAUAAUAAUAAAUUAAAGAAAAUUAAAAGGAAUUGAAGGAGAUUUUUUUCUGUAAAGUUGUGUCCUUUAAAUUAUAAGUAAAGAAAUAAAAUUUUUAUAAUUUAAACGUGGCAUUUCAUUUUAUCAUUAAGAAAAACUAAGUUCCGAUAAUGGAAAUACAAAUACAUACAAAAUACAUGGGAAAAAAAUCAAUAAGUUGUAAUAUUAAAACAAUUUCUAAUUUCAACGACUAAAUGACUUGAGAUUCAACUUCACGGAAACAAAUUUCAUUUAAUAUAUUUUAAUCUCUCUGUACUUUGAGAUAAAAGUAUUAAGGUAUAAAAGAUACUUGAGAACGCAGGCGAAUUCAUAUAGAUCGAAAGUAGAUUCACAGUUCAAUAAACGGCGCCUUCGUAGGCUUGGCGUUGCGUCACGUCUCCUAUAAUCGGCUUGUUCAAUGGAUGGCCGUAACGCCGAUAUGUAACGACGAUAAAAAGUUUAUUUUACGCGGCUACUUUUCCGCUCGACUAACGCGCGGCGCGGGCGACUUCGAAUACGCGGAUAAUAAUGCGUCAAACUGCCGCGUGACGAUGUCACGACUAACGUUAUGCCACUAAUCUAAAACCCUAGAUUCGCUUUUCCCGCCGCAAUCCGCGACGUUUAUAGCUUUUUUUCCUCCCGCCGACGCCGCGCCGGUCAAACGGUUGCCUCGUCGAUAACCUCGACACAGAAAUGAUCUGAAACGUGCCAAUAACACCUCGAUCGGGUGUCACGUGUAACAUAGUUCGCCACGCUUCGAGAAGCUGCUUUGCCUUUUGUUUCCGAGUUGCCCCGAAGCCGCCCGCGCGCGUUUACUCGCUCGCGUUUCCACGCGACGAAAACGUCCAGCCGGCCCCUCGGUAGACCUCGAAGGAAACGAGGACUGUAUCGUCCGGCAUCGGGGAAGUGAAUGCCCCGACCGUUGUGGCAGCUGCAUUCGGCAGCGCUCUCUCGCUGCCCGUCCACCGCCGCCGGUUCUAGCCGCCGGACUUUCUUUGUCCGACUGCUCUCGCGUGACUACGUCAAGCGUAUAUGUAUACUCGCCAUUCUCGUUUCUCCUCCGUAUGCGGAGAGGGCAGGCAGGCGGAUGCGCCUGAAAAUAAAAAAAAAAAGAGAGAGGAAAGAAAAAAGAAAAGAGGUAAGACGGGACAGGCUCGAGCGUGCGUAUCCACGGGCGAGCGUUGCGCGCGCGCUCGCGCGACUUGUAUCUACGUGCGUUUCCGGGCGCCAGCUGCGAGCCGUUCCUCCGACUUCCGCCGGAUUAUCGCGAUAGAGACGAGGCUCGGCCUGAGUAAUCGAGUCAUCAUUCGCGCGGCAACGCCGACAACGAGACGGUGACCCGAAACCGUCGCUCUUCGGCUCGUAUAAAUAUAAACCGGUGGUACACUUAUACCACCACCAACGCCGCCGCCGCCACCACCACCACCACCACCACCGCCGCCGUCGCGCGCCGCUACCGCUGAUCGACACGUGUCGAUGACCCUGCUUGCCAGCCGUGUGCGCCGUGCGCCUCGCUUGACCUCGUCGAAGGCCGCCCGAAACUUUCGGUGUCGCUUGACGUUUUCUCCAUUAUGUAUAUCCCCGAUUUCUGCAUAAUGGACAGGCUGUUUGUUUUACAAGUACGAUCAAGUGAGAAGUGAUGACGCAAAAGUGAGGUCACAUUAUCAUAAUUUCUUCAAUGGUCAAUGCGUAUAUGGCACUGAAAUUACAGAUUUUUGCAUGCGAGAGACGGAAAGUUCGUUCUGUUUCAUUAGCAUUAUAUAUACAAAUGUUCUUUGUACAUUUAUCAUAAUUGAUAAAUUCUUGCGAACAGUUUCCGUUUUUCCAUUAUUCAUAGUCAAAGUUCGCCGGGUUAUAACAAAAUUAUUCUCCGAAAGUAUGAAACAUGCAUGCACUUUCCUCGUCGAUAACAAUGGAAACAGUGUGGUUCAAGAUAGACAUGGAUCCCGGCCAUGACUCCACGGGCUGUCAAUGAUUGUACGCUACGUUUCGUUUUAGCGACGCAUCGAUCGAAAGAGUUACCGGUGUGUAAGUCCGGCAAGUACGGCAACUAAACGGAAAGUUGGAAUGUUUGAAACUUAUCACGGCGAACUUUAGAUCGACGAAUAAUUUAAGCGCGGAACUAUUAUCGCGACAAGGCAAGCGUCGUAAAUCGGAAGCUAUUGAUAUCUUGGCAUUUGAGAAAUGAUCAAAAAUAAUCCUUCCUUAGAUUUACGGUCGUUUAUUUUGACGUAGUUGGUAUAAAGCUCAGCUAUACCACUUUUACUUUUAUAAAUAUCUGUUUCACUUAUUUUAGCUUUAUUUCUUGUUAUACGUAUCACGUCAUUCUAGCAUUUUUCACAAUUAACCCUCAGCGAUAUAAAAAUUGUCAAUAUCUCUGUCUCUCUCUCUCUCUCUCUCUCUCUUUCUCUCGCGUGCUUUUAACGUAUCGUUGAAACUAAUCUUCGCAACAAAUCCAACGACCUCACCCACUGGACGAGUUCAACGAGCAUCUAGGUAGGGAUAAUUAAUCUAUGAACCGAGAGCACAGUGAACUGAGAUAUUAAAGCUCUUCUUGUAAGAGCCCAGGCGGAAAAGAGUGACGGAGGGUUUGGGUUGGCAAGCUACUAGACGACGAUGAUGACCUCCUACAUCGUCGUCUGCCACUGCUGCUGCUGCUGCUGCUGCUGCUCAUGUUCAGGAGGGAGGGAACCGACAGCGGAGGACGUGCGUCGACUUGACAAUAUAUUACAUCAAGUUGGUGCCAAGUCCCUCUAAAUAUCGUUUCCGAGUAUUUUUAUGACGUUGAACGUCGGGCACAUUAUGAUGCUUUUUCGGAACGCAGUAUUUUAUUUCGGAGACUGGAGAGAAAGAGAAAUUUACAAUCUCUGCAUCUCUACGACGUUUCGCACUUAUUUUUGAUAACUGUCAUCUCGUUAUUUGUUCACAGACAGACAUUCGUGCUCUUAGUUAGUCUAUGAUUUAUUUAUCUCGUAAAAUAUUCAUUCAUGUUUUCUAAAAAAAAAAAAUAGAUGUUAUUUACCGAUUAAUAAUGGAGAGAGAAAAAAAAUAGCAAGGAUCAAAUAAUUCAAUUUAGGUCAAAUGCCAAACAAAUAUGGAUUAACGAGUUAAUGAAACUGAUAACUCAAGUGGGAAAACUUGAAUCAAACACACAGAAAAUUCUCUUCGCCCAAAGUAACACUUUUGCUACAUAAUUGCUCAUUUUUUUCGCUUAUGCAAUAACGAUUAUGUUGCGGCUCGCAUGAUAUUCCGUGAAAAUUAGAUUGGCUAAAAUUGGAAGCAACAGUUUGUCGGCAGACGAGUUAAUCGUCUUCGCAUCCUCGAGACGUUUUCAAGGCCGAAGCUGUCCGAUAGCAUCCGAGAAUGGGCGCUCUCAGUUUUCCUUUUCUUUUCUCUCUCUUUCUCGUCGGGGUACAAGCGAGCCCACGGGGAGAACGCCGCAAAAAGAACGAAGACGCGCGGCGAGAGAGCUACCCUAAUGACCAUCGUGUAGCGACGAAGGUUAACUACGCGGUUCAUCCUCCUGCGAUCGAUAUCCCACGUUUCUUGUGCGUCUCAUCUCCUCUCAUUCUGGGAUCCCAUCGGAGCCGGUAGCACUCGAUCACGAGGUAUUAAAGCUUGAUUGAUCGAUGCAUCUUUUUUCUCGCUCAAUCCUAGCCUCGGCGAUGAGUCACGCGAGACCUGAAAUGCGUUCCCGAAUACAAAGGUAUGGUUAAGAUUAAUCGUGCGCGAACGAAAUUAUUCUCGUUCCAAGAAAGGCACCGAUCGCGCCCUGAAUUAGCUUCGAUAAAAAGUAUAAGAAAAUUGAUCAGAAAAGAUUAUAAAUUAUUUAAAUAUAUAUAUAUAUUUCAGGAUCAAUGUAAAAUUAAUUAUCUUUGUCGAACUCGUUUGAAAAGAUCGCUAGAGUCACGUAAGAAUAGAAAUUAUAUCGUGUUACAUUGAGAACGAACACGAAAAUGGAGAGGAAAAAGAAGAAAAAUUUAUAAUGUCUUUAGUAACCCCCGCUGCAAAAUAUUUCGUUAACUGAAAUAAAUGUGUAACCGUGUUAUACGUCGUUAGGCAGCAACGUUGCAAGUUAACGUCGUUCAUUAAACGAAACGGGCAUUAGGACGAGUUAUCAAGCUUUACUUCGCGAAAGAGCCAUCGGCAAAUUAAAGAGCAAAUUUGCCCGGGAUAUCGAUGAGGGAUGUCGUUGCGGAGUUAGCCGGGAGAGGUAAUCGCUCGUUACGUGUAACGAACAGGUGAAAUUGGAAACUUGAUAAAGCGGAGAUACGGAUCGGCGGCCGAUCGGUUAUCCGCACGAGAGGACGUCGCGAAACGCGACAUUGCAUUUGCCGAUAUCACGCGAGCCUUUUACGCGUCGAUUCGAAAUUUCCUGAAAUUCUGCCUGCGGCAGAAAAUAUCGCGUACUACGCGUUCCGACGUGCUCUUUUUCGCGCACGCGGCGUGUGAAAUACAAUGGUCCCGCCGGCCAGGUAUUUCUCCCCCUCCCCUUAGGUAUAAACCGGAUCGAUCUUUUGCGUCGAAGUUGUGCAUCAAAGAUUUAUUACGACGUAUUAUAUAACUAGUACAAAGUAGACCAAGUAAUUAACACGCCGGUUCAAGUCAUUGAAGCGUUUCACGCGAAAGGAAAUGACGCUGAAAUAAUUUGGACAGUUCAAGUGAAAAGAAAAUAUUUAUCCAAGUGGAGUGCAAAGACUGUAAUUUAAAUUACAGUCUUUUGCUUAUCAAAUAUCUCGAACUGGGUACAGCUUGAUAUUGAAAUAUCCAAUCCCCGCGGCGCAUUCGCGUAAUCAUUACGUUCCUUAUUAACACGAUUUGAACUGGCGCAGAUGAUUGGAGAGUCUGUACGCUGUUUCGCCCUUUUUCUCCGAGAAAGCGAUCUUCUGCUACACAACCGUGCUAUUAUCCUGUUCUAAAUACGUUCUAUUAUGCGCUUAUCGCUAUCUCUCUCUCUCUCUCUCUCUCUCUCUCUCUCUCUCUCUCUCUCUUUCUCUCUCUCGUAUAACGAUCGCGAUUUAACGCUUAUGCAAGCCCGACCUCUCCGAGAGAGGUAAUCAGCUGGCCGCCUAGUGCGGCAACAGAAACUGGCAUUUGGGCACAAGGUCACGCGCAGCUUCUUUUUUAUCUCUCCCCGCUUGGCUCACCACCUCACGCCCUCUUCCCCCUGGAUCCUACCUCCUGCCUCUCCUCCUGCUCUUUAACCUUCUCCCUCCGUAGCCUCGUCCGAGACCGUUUGUUAACCGGUACAGGAGCGAGGAGGAGAAAAGAACGAGCAGACGAACAGGAAUGCACGUAGCAGGAAGCUGUAAAAAUAUAGUAUCGGGUGCCUGGCAACUCAUCCGAGAUCCGUGUCCGCGUCAGAGCGUCGUCUAACAGGAUAAUAAGAGACUGGAGACUACCCCGUCGUAUAUAAUAAACCAAAAUUGAUUAUAUAUUAAGUAGAAUAAAUAUAUCGGGAUAUUUUGAUAUUAUGAGGUUUAUUUUAAUUCUUCAUUGAAUUGGCAUCGUUUUUUAUCUUGAACAUACGCUCAGUUAUUGCUCGUGUGCUGUAUAAUUAUGUUAAUUCUCUUUUUCUCUCUCUUUAAUGACGACCAUCACUUAUGUCAAGUGAUAUUUAUUCUGGAAUGUAAGCCCGACGACGUCAUAAUUGGUGCCAAAGUCUUUAUCACGAGCAUCGUCGUAUUGUGCGCCGUGCUAUUAUUAUCACUGUUUAAAUAGCUGGUGGCGAACAGAUUCACGUCUGGAAUGCGUCUCGUAAAAAGUGUCUUCUGUCGUUCGCCGCUAAUUUAUCUCGAGGACAACGCUCGUUGUUUUUUGCGGUCGCGCUCCGUAGUAGCCGCGCGUUCGCCGAAGGUGCACGCGAAACACAGUUUACAAGGAAAUAAAUCCUCGUCGGUGCGCCUCUAACUCUCCUCCGUAGCGCGCGUUGCGUCACGCGGGUCUGAAUCACACGCCCCGAGAUAUCUCAUGGUUUCACCCAGUUUCAUCGCCGAAUCGAAAGUCUCGUACGUUUUUUUUUUUUCAUUCGCGGCGUGUCACGCGCUGCUCGUCGUCCAAGGCCACCGUAAACCGACAAAACUUCUCUCCCCGGACUUCGCUAAUUCUUUUGUACACCGCUCGAUGUUAUCUGAACGCCACGUACGGUAUAAUUAAAUGUGACGACGUGGGAGGAACGUGAAUGAGGUAACAUCUAGGAAUUACGUUACAUUUAGUCUGCUUUUAAUAAAUUGUGACGUUACGUUUUUUUAAUGUACAUCCUUAUGACAUUCGAGGCGUGUCGCGUUCGGCUUGAAAUGCAACUUUCAACCAAUCCAUCGUGCGCAGUGCAACGGAUCUCGAUGUCAAUCGAUCGUUUCCCGUUGAAUGGAGCGUAAAGCGUACGAUCUGCCAAUCGAUUAGUCAACGCGUGUACUUCUUCCGCCUGCGACCGACGACGACGCCUGUCUCGAACAUCGUCGUCGUCGUCGUCGUCGUCGUCGUCGUCGUCGUCGUAGUCCAACUCCGAGAUAGAAGAGAGAGAGAGAGAGAGAGAGAGAGAGAGUCGAUCGGUCGACACGGGCGACACGGACGAGCAAUUUAUCUCGAGGUCAUCGCGUUAUCUUCCCACCGCGCCGUUCGAGAGAGUAGGCGAAGUACCGACAACGAUCGCCGUUCAUUAUGCAGUUCACGUGGCACACGUCCGUCAGCUCGCCGGCGAUUUACACGCCUGUCACGCACACACGCGCGCCACGCGAAAUCUGCCCGGGACGGCAGAUCCGCUCGCUCGCUCGCGCGCACCAAUGUAUGCACGUAGAUACGUAUACAGGCGUCCCGUAUCUCCUGUUAUCUCGCAACCGUCCGUUAUCUGCGACCGAGCGCAACGGCGCGGAGAUUAGAAGUCGCGCCUCGCGCGCAGAUAUCGCUCCCGGGAGUGUGAUGGCCACUCGAGGCCGAGGACGCGUGGACUCUUCUUCUCGGAAGAAGACGCGCGCGCGAAACGAAAUUCGUUUUUCUCGGAACUCCCUGCUAAAAAUUCGUCGUUCGGUUUAUCGUUUCUGUUUCUCUUUCGUCGUGAAAUUUAUACUCGACGCUUAUCUUAGCGUCGGUUUACGUUGAACACAUUGACAGACCGUUUACUAAAAUACUCGAUUAAUAAACCAAGGCAGUUUUGAUUCAAGUUUAUUAUAUAUUCUGUGAGGUUGAAAGAGUGUGCUAAUUAAAGGAUCUUUGUUAAUUAAGCCAGCAAUAUUUCACUGAUAUUAUUAUCGAGUCGUUUGGCUCUUGCACAAUUUAUACGUGCGUUUUAACUCUAUCAGUCUUGUUCCAAAUUUUUCUUGUCUGAAAUCCGACGCCUAUGCUUCAUUAUUCGGUCUCGCGGAUGCACAUUCACGGGCUCGCUAGCAGACUAUCGAACACACGCGCGUUCAUGCAUUAGUCUCUCGCGUUACGUGUGCUACGUAUCCGAAGUGAAUUCGCUCUCCGAGAUUCGUGUACAUACACGUAUUCGUACGCCGGGCAUAUUGGCGAGCGAGCGAACGAGCGUGGUGCGUAGGCUGAUCGCGUUAACAGUAAAUCCUGCGAAACGGAGGGCCUCGCUAGGGCACAAGAGGAGGGAAGGAGAGGAGGAAUGAUGUAACCUCCGUCUGGCUCGUUCGGUAUGUAAUCGCCGUAACGAGCGAGUCGUAACUCAACUCAAGCGUGCAAGAACUCGUUGGACAUUUCGAGUAUCCAAGGUCGGAGAGCUUUGCCGCUCGCCGCGGUUUUGCAAUCUUUUUUUUUUUUUCCUUCUUUUUCAAGCGACAAGUUUUUGAAUGUAGGAAGAGGUUCAAAUCGACCGCUCUGUCAGCGUGCGCGUGAAAUAUUUUUAAACCCUUUCACGAGAAAGUGCCUACGGUAUAUUUGAUUCACACACACACACACACACACACACACGCGCGCGCGCACAAAUAAUAUCGGCUUUUCGUUCUUCAGUCCUCGCGUACGACUAUCCUAUAUUUGAUAAACACCGCGAGUCACAUCCAUGCGUCAUUUCCCUGAAACUAAUUAAUUAUAUAAAAAAUGAUAAUUAACCAAGCACCUGUCACGGCGCACAAUGCGCGAGUGAACGGGACUAUGUCGAGCGGUGACAUGUGAAUGAAAUAGCUUUCAGCGCCCGUUUCGCUCGACGCAGCAAAACGCCGGGCUAUUUCGCAAAUUGCGUGCGGCAUGGCUGUGACAUCAUAGAGCAUUCGUGGAUCUGCGUAUCGACGGGCGAGCGAUGCCCGGGGAAAAUUUCGUGCAUUUGUGGCGAACCGGCGGUGCGCCGUCAAAGGACCCGAAUAUAUACCACGUGUUCGCGAACGCUCUCGCGGCCGAUUGAUCGACAAUGUGUCAGAAGGUACUUUCUAUAGGGCAUUGUCUCUAUACGGGAUAUCUCGCCGCGCCGGAUGCGCUUUCAGCCGCAGAUUCUUUGACAAAUUUGAAAUCGAUCCUGGCAGGUACAGAUGAUGGAGAAUCGUAAUUUGCCAUGAUUUUUCCACUUUUAGCAUCAGCCUUCCGAUGGUCCGAAUGCCAAUUUAAAUGUCCACCGACGUGAAUUUUAGUUGUAAUUGGAUUGGGAAGCAGAGAUUUUAUAUUAUGCAUUUAUAGUCUCGGCGAGAAAGACGAGAGGAAGAGCUUAAUUUGAACAUUAUUUCUCUUCUGAUUCAAGAUAAUUCUAAGAUCUAAUAUUAUAUAUAGAAUAUAUAACUUAUUUUUACUUUAAUAUUAUCAAUAAUCUAAUUGCGAUACUGCAUUAAUAUUUAUUGUUCGGUAAUUAUCGACAGUUUAUUCUUAAAAGUCAUUACUCCAAGUUCGCUUACCUUGUCAACGUGAUGGUGUCUGAAAAUUACAUUCAAUUGUUACAUCACGAUACGCCAAAUUUUAUAUUUAUCCAAAAGAAAGAAGAUCCGACUAAUUUCCAGAAUUUUAUUAACGAACAGCAAGUUAAUAUGACACAAUUUCGAACAAUCAAUGCCUCCAACUUGGCUUCAGAGACAGAAAGAUACAUAUUAUCCCGAUAUCUUCCCAUUUCCUGUCGUUGCGUUUUAAUCGGGUCACUGACUCUCCGGCGACUUCAACUGGAAUCCAAUCGCAGGAAUGUGUCCCCGUAGCCAAAUCGAGCAAACGCAGUGGACGCGACCGACGGUCGUAUAAUAGGACCUCGUGACGUGGCUACAAUAAGUCCCUGUGUAAUAAUAGCAGCGCGCUGUAGACGUGGCGCUAUGUAGCGUAACUAGGUUUGCCGAUUCAACGAAAUCGUACGCGUGGACGCGACUCCCCCGCGCAGUUCCUAGCAGCACGGAUGGCACACUGUUCAUCAUGCCAUUAUCAUGCCGUUAACGUCGCCAUUAACGUGCAGAUGUCCCGGCUGAAACUGGUUUCGCGCGCGCGCGCGCGCGCGCGCGAUGCCAUACAACAUAUUUUUUAUGCAGCCGGAAAGCACAUACGGGCUCGCAUGUUUCAGGUUCUGGCCACAACGGGGACUGGUACACUUUAAUUGGUGCCAGUAUAUCAUUAUAAUAAUUAUAAGGAUCUUUAUCGCGAUACUAUUAUUAGAAUUUAUAUUGCAUAUUAUUUCCGAAUAAUUUUUUUUGAUACUCCUGAAACCACACAAAAAAAAAAAUUAAUUUACCGGUUAUACCGCUUUAUCUUUAUUUAACGCUAUAAUUAUUCCAGUUUCCAACAUCCUCACGCACGUUCGUGAAGCAUUCUCCUCCUUUCCCCCGAACUUUUUAUGUUUUAGUUAACAAUAAAUACAUACAACGGUCAAAAGUAAUUAGCUUUCCUCUCUAUUUGUCGCGUGUAACAAAACUGCCCCGGGAGAAACGUUAACCGAUUUAGAACGCGAAUAAAUUUAACGCGGCACGAUUUCGUACGAGUUACGUACGCACUUCGUACACAAUCUGAUAUUAUGGUAGCUAGUUGGACGCGAAGCAUAACUCAAUUUCUCGGCAAACGACUGCGCCCGUCCGCCCACGUGUGGGCGCGCGCGCGUGUCGGGGCACGUUGGCAAUUCCAACAAUUCCGCACUCCCGUAAUUUGGCUUGUGAAUAAUUACCGCCGAGGGCGGUGUCGAAAAUAACGAUAUAUUUCCGGGAUUGCGUGACGGCGCGUAAACAAGAAACAAAACGAUACUCCGUCCGUCUGUCCGUUCGUUCGUUCGUUCGUUCGUUCGUUCGUUCGCUUUCCGUUUCUAAUUCAAGAAAUCCAUUAAAAGGAUGAACGCUCGCCCGCCUUCGUGACUAACUCUCUCCCUGCCAAAGAGAGAAGGGUAGGUCGAGGCUUUUCAGGCGUGUAGGAACGCGCGCGGCUACGAGACUUGCGUGGCCGGGAGCCAUAAACGCACACGCGUGUGCACCUGCAUCCACGAAGCUCACACGCGUGUACGCGAGGCGGCGGCGCCGUAUGAUCCGCGUAUGUGUAUGCAUGACUCCGGGUGCUUCGAGUGGCGGACCCAUUAACGUGGAUCAUAAAGGUCCUCAACCUAGUGAGUCACUGCGGGUUAAUAAUUACUACCGAGCACCACAUGCGGAGAGUCCGUGCGUUCUCCUCUCGUUCUCUUCGCUCUCCUCUCUAAGCCGCUGCAACACACGCUCGUGCACAUUCAGCGGAGGCCCCAGCAGCGUAAUCGAACGAAAAUUGGUUCCGCGCCGCUCACGGGGAGAAUAUCUAACAGGAUGCUUGUCAUCGAUAGAAAUGACUAUGAACAUCUCCUGGCGAUCUUUUUAUCGUCAAAAUCGAUUUUUAAAAAUUGAUUGAAUUCUACCAAAUAUUGCACAAUUAUUUAUUAUUUCAUAUAAAGUUAUUUUGUAGCAAAGAGGCACUUAAUAUAUAAAGGAAUUAAAUAGAUUAGAUUCUAGUAGCAAAGUCACUUGGGAAUCAACGUUAUCUCAUUACACUUUUUUUUUUUAAAAAAAGAUUUCCGGUGUAACAGCCUACUUUGUUGCGCGCUGUAUAUUUAACCCUUUGAUGUAAAUGAAGGAAAUUACAUCUUACAAAAAAAGAACCGUGAAAGUAUCCGUGUCACUGCCGACGCCACUGAGGAGAUCACGAGUGCGUGCGACACGCCAUGUUGCAGGUUGCGUCGACAAGCGACGGCUACGACGACGACGACAACGACAACUUUUGUCUAACGUGACACACCAGGUGCGCGUCACGCACGCGAAAACACCCGCCCGGAUAGUGUGCGCCCGAUUAAUCGUAUUUAUAUCCCCGUACACAUACAGCGUAUAUCUCCGCGUGGUUUUUCCCUCGUCUCGCAAAGCGGAACGGCGUAGUUUCGACGAAAGAAUUGGCACAGAAAUAGAAACAUUGACGACGUACUAUGAAUGUCGCACGUCCUGCAUUUCCGCGCGCUUUUCGCUCGGGGAAUCCUCAGAUUCACGCGCUUAACGGAACUUUCAAAGAGCCGCGCUAAAUCUAGAAACCGUGGCUUAUUAGCACUAUUAAUUUUAAGGAGCGCAAAGUUUUACGAAAACUUGACUUAUCGCACGAAAGAAAAAGAAAAAUGAUCUUAGAGUUUACGUUAAUCACAUUUUAAUGUCUUGUGUAAUUUGUUAUACCUAUUAACUUUUCCGAGUUAAUUUGUGCGAAAACUUCUUUCAAAAACUUUUUGAGUAUUUGUCAUAAAACUUUUUUUACAUAUCUGUUUUGUAUCUUUUGACGAUGCGAAUGCUCUUUCUUUUUCCUAUAUUUUUUGUAAGCCAAGCUUAAGAUUAGCAACAGAUCAUGACGAACAAUCGUUGAAGCGAAUGUAAAAAGGGAUAAAUUCGGAGCGCACUAGAGCGCACUUUGAAGCCAACGUCGACCGUAGAUGGUUAAGUUAUGGCAGUGGCAUCGCCGCAUUCGUGCGAAAGAAAUCCAGUUAGAAACUAGGAGUCGCAAACUUCGCCGUUACAGCCGAGCGAGCCAUAGUUGGACGUAGUUGGAAAAUAGUUUGGUGCUCUCAUGAAUUAUAGCUGGGACUUUAGUUUACGUUACUUUGGUGUACGUCGACGGUGCACGAUUCGCGUUUACGUGAGCGAAAUUUUAACAGAGUUCCUUCUUUACUCGUUUAAAACACUUUUAAACGAUUUUUCGUCGUUCCGAUAUGAAUUACCAAUCAAGAUAUUUUACAAUAAUAACAAUAUAUAUAUAUAACGGUUUAAAGUAUAAAGAACGUAUAUUGAAAUUCAUUUUCAACGCGGAAUGUCUCUAAGACUUUAAUAAUACUUCUUUUAUAUAUACAUUUUUUUUAUUGAAAUGAUUUUACGAGCUGAGAUUUAAUAAGAUUGAUUGAAAGUUAAAUGAAGACUGGAGAUAAGUUUGGGGGAAAGUUAACUUUUUUUUUGAAACGAGGCAGACGUUAAGAAAAAUAAAGGAGGAAAGUACACUCUUUUGAUACAUCCACGGUAGUUCGCGUAGAGCAUUUCAUAACGGAAUAGAAUAUGAUUGGCCUUCCGCGCGGACUGAAACAGACCGGUCGUUCCGCUUUAAAAGUUAUCAAGCGGUAUGUGCUUUUCUAGCUGUAAAACGUGCCAGCUAUCUACCUCGUAUUCGCCGACGCGAUCGCUUUAGCUGGUUCUCUCGCCCACGGGAGAGAAGUGAGAGGCGAGCGAAGAAGAAGAAGAAGAAGAAGAAGAAGAAGAGGUAGGGGGAAAGAGGGAGGAUGGGAUGAGGGACGCUAAAGUCUGCGCGAUGAGGAAGUUUGUUGCAAACUUUACGCGACUCCGGAGCGAAGCCGAAGAGAGAUGGAAUCGCGCCCGCCCGGUUUUAUGGGUCGUUCCGUUUUACUUUCGUCAUAAAAAUUCCUCGCGCCGCCGUUCCGCCGCAAACUAUUCCCCUCUCGGCAAAAAGGAUGGGCGGGAGGAAGGGAUUACCGAGGACGAAGGAUGCCCGCGAACAACAGCGGAGUGUGUAUGGCACGUCCCCGAUCUGUAUGUAAACGUACUCCGCUCCGAUAAUUACGGUAACGAGCUAAUGUUUAACGACCUUCAUUAAAUACCUUCUUAACAACUGACAAAAGAUUAUUCUGACUGUAUAAUUGAUUAAUCUUCAUUAUGAAUAUUAAUUUUGCUUAAUUUUAAUAUGAGAUAUUAAGACCGGGGAAUCGCGCGUGCUUAUGAAAAUUUAUGAAAAAUUAUGUCAGACCCCUUUCAAGCCGGGUAUUUUUAUUAGCAUAAAUUGACCGAUAACAUACCUAUAGUUCGAAGUGCGCGUUUAUACGUGACUCACGAAAGAUAACUUUUAUUGCGGCGGCGUUGCGGUAUGAAGGCUGGCGUUUGAAAUUUAAACGAGCAUGCUUAGCGAAACCGGUCUUUGAGAAUACGUGGACAAUCGUAAAUUUGGUUGCCGUAAAGAUUUCAUUUGCGUAGAGCUUGCAUAACGCUGAUGAUAGCGUACGUAAAUGCGCUUGUAACAGAAAAUUACACGGACGACUCAUUCUUCGCCAUUGUGCGUUAUCUUUUCUUGUCUAAGAAUCGACCAGUAACUCGCUACUAUGUUUCGUACAAACAUCGGACUGCCAGAAGUAUUAUGAACGAAAUGUCGAGCUAUUCACGAAUUUCUCUUCGGUAACCGAGUUAAGAAUCGUUUCGCGGCACGUUUCAAUCAUCUCGACGGAAGAAAAUGGGGUUUCGAUGCAAAUUCACGGUACGCUACAAUUUUAAAAACGAGGGAGUCGCAUUGUCGUCGUCCGUCGAUAAAAAAAGAAAUACAUACGAUGGCUCGUCAUUCGUUUUGAUUUGCCUUCAAAUCGGAUAUCUUUUAACGCGCGAUUCGAGACCCGUUAUUGCGGCAUAUCUACGCGACAGUGACGUUCUUAGAGAAUUCAUGUAUCAUUGCAUUCAUGCGUUGACAUUGCACACGGACCCGCGACUCAUGUAAGACGCUGACUGCUCGAGUUUCGAGCACGAUGUCGAGAACUUUGUCCGUUCAAAGCCAUUACACUUAGUCAUACUUGCAAUUCAAUGAGCUAAUUAAUUGCACGAUUUGCAUAGGCCAUUCGAUUGGUUGGACUAGUUCCGAACGGUUUAAAGAGGGACCUUCGCAGUUAUUCAAACCGCGAAUGAAUAAUGCGGAGUGUAAUGGACCUCACGCAUUUGUACUACGUUAUCUUCGGCAUUAAUCGUUUAUCAAUUCUUAUUUUGUUAACUAGAACAGUUGAUUACUUAAAAAGAGUCUUUUAAUAGAUUUGUUUUUUAUAGAUGAAUUAGUGUGCACUUUCUGUACUUAAAGUGAAAGAGGUAUAUAUAUUUGAAAUUUAGCGAGAGAGAAGUUCUAGUGCAGUGUAGUAAUAAAAAAAUCUCAUAACUGACAAUUAUCUGAAUUUAUCUCCUUGGUUUCGCAAUUUUAGAAGAUUAUCUAUUCAUGGGGAGUUAAAUACUUCCCUCUUGAAGGGGCACUAUUUAUCUAAGCUGAAUCACGGAUUAAAAAUCCAUUUCAGUUUUCCCAUCUUCCGUUUUGAGUUAAAUACUUCGCGCAAAUAAAAGCGAGCUGGGAAUUGUGUCUUUUGUUAUGCCCGAACACAAAGUUUGCGAAACGUCGACAAAGUUAAACGAGGUCGCGUACUGUUGUCCGAGCGUUAUCUCUUCGCGAGACGCGGUUUCUACCCGAGUUAGAUGUAACGAUCACCGUCCAGGAAUACCUUGAACUCUUAGUAAAUUAGCACAGAGCGUAAAGUUAGAGCGACCAGGUCGCGUUAUCGGAAACAAUCUUUCUUCUCGGACGAAGGCGGAGGAUCGCUACCACGCGAUCGCCGAUAGAUCCACCGUUAAUACAAAUGAUCGGCGUGACCGUAACCCCCUUUAAACGUUCGUACCGCGGAAAAAGGCGGCACGGCGAGCUAUUCUCUUUAUACAUAUAUACAUCGCGAACUUAAAGCCGCUUCUCUAAAAAUAACCGACAUCGCCUCGCAUCGAGGUCGCCACGGACGAACGGGGCGCGAUCGAAGGGAAAGAGAAAGAUAGAUGUACGGGGAAACGCCAAGAUUUAUCCGGACGUUAUUGAGAAACGGGAUACGUAGGUGGGGGGGUUGAAAAUGUGCAUUGUGUAGAAAUUAUUGAAACCGUGACGAGUGAAGUUUGCGCUGGAAAAAUCGUCAAGGUUAUCCUUAAGAGAAACAACUACGUUUCUCGAGUUUUAUCUCGGGAUACAACAAUCGUCAGUUGCAAUCGUGACAUGCCAAGGUAUUCUUACAAUAUUCUUUAGGAAUCUUAAGGUUUAAUUAAAUCUUUGAGUGGAAGAGUUAAGGGAAUAAUUUAGGAAAAGUAAUUAACGCAAGAGGUUUCACGUGGAUGUAUGUUUUUAUUCGAAAAGCAAUUUUACAUGUGAUACGUGAUAAAAUAGUAAAAUCACAUAUCGAUUUACAUACAUUGCGGAUAAUUUCAUCCGUGAAAAACUGACAGAUACAGAUAUAAUUAACUGAGAAAGCUGGCACGCUUCACGACGAUUUUAACCAUUUUAUUAUUCUAAUCUGUCUAAUUUCCAGUACUUAAAUACGCUUGAUAAAUUUUUAACCAGUCGGCGAAUGAAAGAUCAAUUUUAAGGUUUAUUCAAUAAAUGUCUCGCGAAUCAGACAGAUUCCAAUGUUAUACCGCCGGUGGAAAUUACCCUUAGCCCGAGAGUUAAUGCAUUAUGCGUUCGUUCAUUUGAAAUUAAUUACGCUGAGGCGAAAUUGACGUGAAAAUGAAAUACGAUCCUCCGAAAUGUGUGCAGCGACGUUUUCGUAAAUACAUCGCUGGUGUUUUGAAUUGCUAUUAAUGUCUAUGAAAUGUCCCAUGUAAAAUCACCCUUGCCAGAUAUCGUCAACGUACGCUUAUCGCCGACAGUGUCAUUCGAUCGCGCGACAUACACUUGGUGUAUUUAUAGCGAGUAUGCAUGAAUUACAUGUAUACUUGGCGCAGCGGUCAGAUUUUAUUUAACGACAUUAGCAUAUCCGUGAUUAUUAGCAUUUACGAUCGGUGCGAGACUCGUCAUUAUCACAGGUCAUCGAAUUUCACAAGACACAUACAUACAUGCGAAAGUUAUAACGUUAAAUAACAAAGUUGAGACGCGAGGCCGAUGGCGACUGAUUACCACCGCUGUACGUACGUCAAAGUUGUUUUCGGAGAUGAGCCAUUAAACUACGGACAUUUCCAAAUAGCACGACGUAAAUUGGCGAUUAAUGUUAACGCGGCACAAGUUGGCACAAUUAAUCGUAACGAUCGUGCCAGACUCUGAUGACGUCGUGAAGCCGAUCGUUUGAAACCGUCUUCGAUGCGACGAAUUUUCUUCCCAGUUCGUAAAAUCGACAAUGAAAAAGAGCAAUGUAAAAA